AUGGCGGAUCCAUUGUCCGCGACCUCUGCUAUCGUGGGCCUGGUCCCCAUCAGCUUCCAGGCCGCCAAGGCUCUUCGCGACAUGAUACGGGGCAUCAAAAACCAUCCAAAGCAGAUUCGUAGUCUACUUGAGGAAUUGGACGGUCUGGUUGGCGUCCUCGAAGAACUCGAGUACAUCUUGCGUACCCCGGGCGAGAUGAAUCUCAAUCUUCUGGAAGCCCCCCUCAAACGAUGUGACUGUGCUUGCAAAGAGUUCGCGCGAGCUCUACAGGAUUGCAGAGGUCGUAGCAGUGGGGGUGACCGAUCCGAUUUUGCAGGGUGGCUCAAAAUCCAGUGGAGAGGAAGCGAUAUCAACGAAUUCAAGGAUACCCUCGCCAGCUACAAGUCCACCAUAGCCAUCGCUAUCGCUGGUGCUAAUCUACGCACCACCAAAGUAAAUCUUGACGUUAUCCGUGAAUAUCAGGGAAUGAUUCGCGAAGCCAAAGCGGAUCUCAACGAGCAUCUCACCAACAUCGAUGACAAAUUACAAGGCGCUUCCCGGGAAUCUCCUGAUCUGAAGGCACUCGGCAACGACUCAGACAUUCAGGCGGAGAGAGACUGUACAAUGCGUUGCCUCGAAGUUUGCGCUCAGGUUUCUGGAUUCAUCGAGGAGAGGCAGCGAUCUAUUGGUUCCCAGGGAGCGACAAGUGAAGACAACCUCAGCUCCAACACCAACAGUCGGCCGUCUCAACGGGACACUGGCCAAACGCUGCGGAAUUGCAACACUAAGGUCAAAGCUCAGCACACGCAGCUCUUGAAUCGCCUUCAGCUUCUCAACGCAAGACUGCGCAGCGCCUCUGGAAGUACCAUUGAUUCGGAAGAUCAGGACCAGAUGGUUCAAGAGGCGGAGACCAUCCGUCAAUGUCUGGACAUCUGCGAGCAGAGUGCUAAAGACGCAGAGACUGCUCGCGUUAACGUUAUUGAGGACGUCACAGGUGCAGAGGACAGCACCCAUAUCAUCGUCUCCACCAUCGGAGACCUGAUCGCAGCACGCCGGGUUACAUCUGGUGCACGCUCCAUAAUGACUAUUGCACAGAUGUCAGACGAGACCGUCCAGCACUUAUCCACCGUGCAUGCUUCACGAAUGGCGGAACUGUCCAAAUCGCAGGCUGAUGCCGGAGCGGGUCGUGAUGCGGUUAGAUCGGGAGGGCGAGUGCUCGGGCGAGACAACGUGAAGACGCUUUGA